AAUUUUCAGUUGGUCCCUUGCUUGCUUUCUUUGCAUGCUAGCUGGGCUUGGUAGGCUCUGGGCUCCUAACUGGUAUAGAGAGGCGUGAGGGAUGAGGCUGCCUGCUUCCCAUCUGGCCAGCUGAGGAGCUUCCUGGAUACUUCUGGCACACCAGCAGGGGCAGCUGGACCACAGACAUUACUGCAUCAGCCAUCUCUCUACAUCAUGCGCUGCCUGGUUCCUGGCCCUCCUGGGUCUUACCUGCCGGAGUUGCAAGAACAUUCCACCCUCCAAGAUGGAAACUCUGGACACUGAAGCAGUAACUCCCUGUCUCCUGCUUCCUGGUGACUCCCUCUCUGCCACCUAGUUCCCUGGUUCUGACAGCUCUAAGUGUUUUGCCAUAGUCUCUGUGCCACCAUGGAACUGGGGUCUCCAGAGGGCAGCUACCUGGAGCUCCUUAACAGUGAUGCUGACCCCCUACGCCUCUACCACCUCUAUGAGCAGACGGACCUGGCUGGGGAGGAGGAGAUCGAACUCAGCUCAGAGCCAGACAUGGACACCAUUAACUACGACCAGUUCAGCAAGCUGUUGCAGGACAUGGAAAUGGAUGAAGAGACCCGGGAGGCCUAUGCCAACAUCGCGGAACUGGAUCAGUACGUGUUCCAGGAUACCCAGCUAGAGGGCCUGAGCAAGGACCUCUUCAUAGAGCACAUUGGAGCAGAGGAAGGAGUUGGUGAGAACACAGAGAUCCCUGUAGAAGCAGGACAGAAGCCUCAGAAGAGAUGCUUUCCAGAAGAGCAUACUGUGGACGCAAAGCACAGGAAACUAGCGCCCACAUCUAGGACAUCACUGAACUAUUUGGAUCUCCCCACUGGGCACAUCCAGAUCUUCACCACUCUGCCCCAGGGACUCUGGCAAAUCUCAGGGGCUGGCACGGGGCUCCCCAGUGUCCUAAUCUACCAUGGUGAGAUACCCCAGGUCAACCAAGUACUCCCUUCAAGCAGCCCCACUGUCCCCAGUCUCCCCCAGUCCCCAGACCGGCCUGGCUCCACCAGCCCCUUCGCACCAUCUGCAGCUGACCUGCCUGGCAUGCCCGAACCUGCGCUGACUGCCCAUGUAAACGAGACAGAGGACACAACAUCCCCCUCCCCAUGCCAAGAGGGUCCCGAGUUUUCCAUCGAGCUUCCAAAAUGGCCAGAGUCUGUGGAGCGAUUCCAGCACUCUCUACAGGACAAGUACAAGACAUUGCCCGAGAGCCCAAGUGGUCCUCUGGUGGCCGUGGAGCUGGUGCGGGCCAGGCUCGAAAGAGGCAGCAACAAGAGUCAGGAAAGGGACCUGGCCACUCCCGACUGGACAGAGCGCCAGCUAGCCCAUGGUGGUCUGGCAGAGGUACUUCAGGUUGCCGGUGACUGCAGGCAACCACGAGAGACACAGGUGGUCGCUGUGCUGGGCAAGGCUGGCCAGGGCAAGAGCCACUGGGCCAGGACAGUGAGUCACACCUGGGCAUGUGGCCAGUUGCCACAAUAUGACUUUGUCUUCUAUGUCCCCUGUCAUUGCUUGGAUCGUCCGGGGGACACCUACUACCUGCGGGAUCUGCUCUGUCCUCCGAGCCUGCAGCCACUGGCCGUGGAUGACGAGGUCUUUGAUUAUAUCACGAGGCAGCCGGACCGUGUUCUGCUCAUUCUAGAUGCCAUUGAGGAGCUAGAGGCCCAAGACGGCUUCCUGCAUGGGCCUUGCGGACCUCUGUCUCCAGAGCCCUGCUCCCUUCGGGGACUGCUGGCUGCGAUCUUCCAGCGGAAGCUGCUGCGAGGCUGCACCCUGCUCCUCACAGCCCGGCCCCGAGGCCGUCUGGCUCAGAGCCUGAGCAAGGCAGAUGCCAUCUUUGAGGUGCCCAGCUUCUCUACUAAGCAGGCCCAGACUUACAUGAGGCACUACUUUGAGAACUCAGGGGAUCAACACAAGGCCCUGGGCCUCCUGGAGGCCCAGCCUUUUCUCCUCACCCAUAGCCACAGCCCUGUUCUGUGCAAUGCUAUGUGCCAGCUUUCCAAGGCCCUGCUGGAACAGGGCACAGAGGUCCCGCUACCCCGCACACUUACAGGACUCUAUGUCGACCUGCUAGGCCCUGCAGCUCAGAACAGUCCUCCUGGAGCCUUAGUUGAGCUAGCCAAGCUGGCCUGGGAACUGGGACGAAGACACCAAAGCACCUUGCAAGAAACCCAGUUUCCAUCAGUGGAAGUGAAAACCUGGGCAGUGACCCAAGGCUUGAUGCAGCAGACUCUGGGCACCACUGAGGCCCAACUGGCCUUCUCCAGUUUUCUGCUACAAUGUUUUCUGGGUGCUGUGUGGCUGGCACAGUGCAAUGAAAUCAAAGACAAGGAGUUGCCGCAGUACCUGGCCUUGACCCCAAGGAAGAAGAGACCCUAUGACAACUGGCUGGAAGGGGUGCCACGCUUUCUGGCUGGACUGGUUUUCCAGCCUCGAGCCCACUGCCUGGGAGCUCUGGUGGAGCCUGCAGCGGCUGCAGUGGCAGAUAGGAAACAGAAGGUUCUUACCAGGUACCUGAAGCGCCUGAAGCUGGGGGCCCUCCGGGCCGGGAGGCUGCUGGAGCUGCUACACUGUGCCCACGAAACCCAGGAACCUGGUAUUUGGGAGCAUGUUGCGCACCAGCUUCCUGGACACCUCUCCUUCCUGGGCACCCGGCUCACACCCCCAGAUGUGUAUGUGCUGGGCAGAGCCUUGGAGACAGCUGGCCAGGACUUCUCCUUAGACCUUCGUCAGACUGGCAUUGAGCCCUCUGGACUGGGAAACCUCGUGGGACUCAGCUGUGUCACCCGUUUCAGGGCCUCCUUGAGUGACACAAUGGCAUUAUGGGAGUCCCUUCAGCAGCAGGGAGAAGCCCAGUUACUCCAGGCGGCAGAGGAGAAGUUCACCAUUGAGCCAUUUAAGGCCAAAUCCCCAAAGGAUGUGGAAGACCUGGACAGCCUCGUGCAGACCCAGAGGUUGAGAAAUCCCUCAGAGGAUGCAGCUAAGGAUCUCCCUGCCAUCCGGGACCUUAAGAAACUAGAGUUUGCGUUGGGCCCUGUCUUGGGCCCGCAGGCUUUCCCUGCACUGGCGAGGAUCCUUGCAGCCUUCUCUUCCCUGAAGCACCUGGACCUGGACUCACUUAGUGAGAACAAGAUCGGAGACAAGGGUGUGUCGGAGCUCUCAGCCACCUUCCCCCAGCUGAAGGCCCUGGAGACGCUCAACUUGUCCCAAAACAGCAUCACUGAUGUGGGUGCCUGCAAACUUGCAGAGGCUCUGCCAGCCCUAGCCAAGUCCCUCGUAAGGCUGAGCAGCUUGUACAAUAACUGCAUCUGUGACAAAGGAGCCAAGAGCCUGGCACAAGUACUUCCGGACAUGGUGUCCCUGCGGGUGAUGGAUGUCCAGUUCAACAAGUUCACAGCUGCCGGUGCCCAGCAGCUGGCUUCCAGCCUUCAGAAGUGCCCUCAGGUGGAAACACUGGCAAUGUGGACACCCACUGUCCCCUUUGGGAUUCAGGAACAUCUGCAGCAACUGGAUGCCCGGAUCAGCCUGAGAUGACCCUGCUGUGCUCUGGACAAGCAUGUCCUCUUGCUGGACCUUGACCUGGGUACUGUGGGCUCCGCUCUUCUCUGGACCACACCCCACAGGAGUCAGCAUCCUGUCACCUGCCCCAGCAGGCUCAGAGUUGGGCCCUGCCUACAUGAAGAAUGGACACGUCUUGCUCCUCUACAGGCUCCAAGACCAGCUCCAGGCUCUUACAGUGCCAGGUACGAAGACAGCCUGUGAGUGCUGGCAGACAGGCCCGGGGCUGCCUUCCGGGGGUUCACCCAGGAGGCCGAAGACCUUUUCUUCGACAUUCCAGGACAGAGUGAAGAACCGAAGCAUCCAAGUGCCUGCCAGUCCAGGCCAGGGCCAGCCUGGUGAGAAAACAUGUCUUCCCGCUGCUCCAAACAGGGCCUCCUGGAAGCUCUGAAGACGCUAAGGGCAACACUGGCCUGCAGACCUCUGGAUGUGACAGGGAGCCUAUGGUAGCUCUUUCUACUUGUGGUACUGUUUCCAUAAACUUCAGGUCAAAGCUGAGUCAGGCCUGGCCCAGACUCUGGAUGUAAGCCAAGAGCCAGGGAAUGGUCUGCUUCAGGGCCGCUGCGGCGGGGAGUUCUUCCGGCCUCUCCCUCAAAGUCACUAUCAUUUAAAUGUACCAGCUACGUUCACCGAAGCUCUGGGGCUUGGUUUAUCCCACAAGUCCCAUCUGGGGACACCUUCUGCCCCAACUUAAAACAACCCACACUCUGCCAGCCAGGCAGGCUUAGCAGUGUCCACCAAUCCAGAAGUGAGGCUGGAAUCAUCUUGAGUAUGUGUCUAGUAUGUGACACAGGUUGCUGGCUGGGAGCCCUGAGUCCUGAAUGGGACAGCUGGCUGGGGCUUUGCUCUCCUCGUAGCAUUACAGCCAUGUUAUAGGGGGGCCACCCAGAGAGGAGAAAGUGAGGAAACGCAGGCCAGCAGAGACAGUCUGUAACCUGUUCAGAGCAGGCCUCGAGGCCACACAGUAUUGUUUCUACAACACUGCACACACCCAUGUGUAUACCAUACGACCCACCACUGCUGAGAUUCUGUCUUCACUGCAAAGAUUUUCAUAGCUUCCAAAGAUGCAGUGAAAAGUUCUUACUCCUGGAUCUGGGGACUGAGGCAGGGACCACUGUACAAAGCGGAGUGUUCUCUCUUACUACCCUCCUGCAUCUGCGAGCAGUUCUGGAUAGCCAAUUGGCCAGUCUUGGCUGCAGCUAGCCCAAAGGGCUUGGCAGCACCAGUGCGGCUGAUUCUGUUUUCUCUGGGACACCACCUUUGAGUUCAGGCACCAUUGAUCCCUCCACGGGGACAGUGACAGCUUGCUUUCUUGUCUUGGCAGAGGGAGCUGUCUGCGUGCCUAGCUCUGUCAUACCAGCCCUGAUGCCAGCUGGACUGGCACAUCCCGGGAAGUGGGAACUGGGCUAGAGGGCCGGGGGCCAGGGGUGGUCUGCAUGGCCGCUGGGGUGGGGAGGAUUCCUGAAGAGACAGGUCUAGCUGUAGCUCAGGCUUACAUUGUGAACUGUUAGAGCCUCAGGUUCAGGGUGGCACAUGGAAGUCCUAUUUGUGUGGCCACAGGGGACAGCACUGAGGUACUCUCCAAGGCAGGCCUCUGCUGUACCUGUCAGGAAGGAAGGCAGACCUGUACUGCUGCCUGUGGUCUGUCUGGAAAUGCCAAGCUGUCUCUCAUUACUCUAUGUUGAUGGCUGUCAUGUUUUAAUGAGUUGAUUAGGUAAGGCACUCACUACAGUGCCAGGGACAUAGCUCACUGGCUCUUGAUCCUGUGUGCUGGGAAGCAUCUUAGGCCCUUUGGCUUCCAUGGACUGCACAACACCAACUCCUGGCUGAGCUGCCUGGUUUCAUGCUCCAUUUUAACAUAUAUGCAAGGCAAGUUUCUUCUGUGCCUUAGCUUCCUUAUCUAUAAAAUGGGCAGAGUCACAGUAUCUUCUCUCUUGGGUUAUGUAAAGGCUUAAUGUGAAAACAAUGUUAAUAAAAUGGGUCAGCAAAAUGGCUGAGGGGGUAAAGCCAGCCUGGUGACCUGAGCUUGAUCCCCAGGGCCACACUAUGGAAGGGACAACUGACCAGCACUGGGAUGCACUGGAGCUACAGGCAGUUUGUGCUGGGAACAGAGCCCAGGUCUCCUGCAAAGGCAGCAAGUACUCUUAAUCACCGAGCCAUUUCUCUAGCCCAUUAAAAAAAAAAAAAUUAAGAGUUGAAAGCAAUGCCUGACACAGUGUUUCUGAUGGCCUCUUGUAGACUCCAUGGGCACUACGUGGACUUGGUGCACAUACACACACAGGCAAAACACUCAUACAUAUAAAUAAAUCUUGAAAAACACAAAGGUCAUGUGUGGCGGCAUACACCUUUAACCCCAGCCCUUGAAAGCAGAGGUAGGCAGACCUCUGUGAAUUCAAGGCCAGCCUGGUCUGUGUUACACAGGGAGGCCCUGUCUUAACAAAUAAAAAUCCAGCUCACAACUCA